AUGGCGGACAAACAACCGCCCCCGGCUUCAGCUCCUACAGCCCCGUCGGCCGUCCGCGGUGCGUCGCUGCUUAUUGCACUGCAGGUCGCAUCCCGCGCGGCUACUUUCAUCGCCAACCAGCUGCUGCUCCGCUUCUUGACGGCACAGCUGCUCGGCGUGGCCACACAGCUCGAGGUUUACUACCUGAGCGUGCUCUUCUUUGCACGCGAGAGUUUGCGUGUAGCCAUUCAACGCCAGGGCGGGCGGGAGCAGCCUCAAGAGGGCGCCAAGAGCCCCAAGGAGAACGCCUCCAAGGGGGGGUCCUAUGUCUCCAUUUUGCUGGGAUCGCUUGUCGCCCUGCUGCUCGGCUGGCUCUACUUGGCAUCGAUUCACAAGACGACAGACGAGGACGGCAACGUCCACAAUGAUCACGAGCACGACCACCCGGCACGGUCGCUUGCAGAGACCACGCCGUUUCUCGUUCCUAGCCUGUACCUCUACGCCUUUGCGUCCGCCAUUGAGCUGCUGUCGGAGCCGGCUUUUGUCGUCUUGCAGUUGAGACUGCAGUUUGGUGCGCGGGCCGCCGCCGAAUCGGUUGCCACCGUGCUACGCUGUGCAACGACCUUGGGCGCUGCCGUGCUGGCCACGCGUUUGGGCGACGGCAGGGGCACUGCCGGACGUGGCAUCGAUCUCGGCGUCCUGCCCUUUGCGCUCGGCCAACUGGCCUACGGGGUCGGCCUGCUGGCGGUGUACGCUUGGCACGGCGCAUCCCUGGCGCGGCGCGACGGCUUCUCGCUCUUUCCCCGCCGCCUGGCCGGCCCGUACGCUCUCCAGCUCUUUGACCGGCCGACCCUCCACCUGGCCUCCAGCAUGUCCGUCCAGAGCAUUGUCAAACACAUGCUGACGCAGGGCGACACGUUCCUAGUCAGUGUGCUGUCGACCACCACGACCCAGGGCGUCUAUGCCUUGGCCAACAACUACGGCGGCCUGGCCGCGCGGCUGCUGUUCCAGCCCAUUGAAGAGAGCAGCCGCAGCUACUUUUCUCGCUUGUUGGCUGAGGACGACAAGGAGCACAACAAGGAGACAAGUAAGAACGCGCCCACGGAGAGGGCGGCCCGCGACCUCCAGACCCUGCUUAAGCUCUACCUGCUCUUCUCCCUUGUCGUGACGGCCAUUGGUCCCGCCGCUGCAGCGCCCUUCCUGGGGCUUGUCACCGGCCCGCGCUGGGCCAACUCGGGCGCCGCCGCUACUCUCGCGGCCUACGUGUGGUACAUUCCGCUGCUGGCCAUCAAUGGCGUCGCAGAAGCUUUUGUGGCAUCGGUCGCAACCGAAGCCCAGGUCUACCGCCAAUCGGUGUGGAUGGGCGGCUUCUCGGCCGUGUUCGCGGCCGCUGGCUACAUCUGUCUGCGCGUGCUCGACGGCGGUGCUGUCGGCCUGGUCGCGGCCAACGGCAUCAACAUGGCGUGCCGCAUCGUCUGGUGUCUUGUAUUUAUUCGACGGUACUUUGCGGCACGUGGUAUCUCGUUUUUCGGCGACGCCACGUCCUCGCUCAUGCCGCACCCCUUCGCCGUGCUGGCAGCCGUGGUCACGAGCACGGCUGUCCGGCGGUUUGUGCCGGCCCCGAUGUCCACAGGGCCCGUCGCUCAGAUUACACAGCUUGUCAAGAUUGCCGUCUUGGCCGUCCCAUUUCUCCUCACAGUGUAA